CGGACGGGCGCCGGACCCUUUUCGGUGCCGGACUUCCUUUUUGCCACCACGAUGGCGCUGAGCGGCCAGAAGCAGGAUGAGGCCGGAGUUGAGGAGGAAGGGAUGGCCGAGGAGGAGCGGACGGACUCGGAGUCCGAGGAAGAAGAGGGGGGUCUGGCCAGGCCUGGGCCUCGCAGGCACCGCGGAGGGGGAGACUUUGCCUUGGGCUUCAUCUUUGCUGAGAAGGAGGCUGCCUUUGCAGCAGGAGGCGGGAGCUGGGCCGAGGCGCUGGGGCAGAUGCUGCGGAAGAAGAAAUCAGCCACCAGCCUCGACGAGAAGAUCGCGGCCGUGAGGAAGAGGAGGAGGGACCAGGAGAAGCAGACCAAACUGGGCUCAGCGAAGCAGGUGGAUGAAAAAGUGGACCAGGAGGAUGAGGAGAAGGCAAACAGCGAGGAUGAGGAGGAGGAAGGGAAAGAGGAAGAGGAGGAGUCAGAGUAUUCCUCAGCAGACGAGAGCCUCUUUGCCAAAGCGGAUACACUCAAACUGAAACAGCGGCGGAAGCGGAAACGAGGCGGCGAAGAGGCAGAAGAGCUGUGUUUUGGGGAAGAUGCUUCUCAGUACGACGACAGCCUCUCCUUCCAGGACAUGAACCUCUCCCGGCCUUUGCUGAAGGCGAUAUCUGCCUUGGGCUUCAAGCAGCCGACCCCCAUCCAGAAGGCCUGCAUCCCAGUGGGGCUGCUGGGGAAGGACAUCUGUGCGUGCGCAGCCACAGGGACAGGCAAGACGGCAGCCUUUAUGCUCCCGGUGCUGGAACGCCUGAUCUACAAGCCCCGCCAGGCGCCGGUCACGAGGGUCCUGGUGCUGGUUCCCACCCGAGAACUGGGCAUCCAGGUGCAUGCCGUCACCAAGCAGCUGGCCCAGUUCUGCAGCAUCACGUCCAGCCUGGCAGUGGGUGGCCUGGACCUCAAGACCCAGGAGGCCGCUCUCCGCUCGGGACCAGACAUCCUCAUUGCGACCCCCGGCCGCCUGAUUGACCACCUGCACAACUGCCCCUCCUUCCACCUGGGCAGCAUCGAGGUCCUCAUCCUGGAUGAGGCUGACAGGAUGCUGGACGAAUACUUUGAGGAGCAGAUGAAGGAGAUCAUUCGCCUGUGUGCCCGCCACCGCCAGACGAUGCUCUUUUCUGCCACCAUGACGGAGGAGGUGAAGGACUUGGCCUCAGUCUCCCUGAAGAACCCUGUCCGGAUCUUUGUGAACAGCAACACAGACGUGGCACCCUUCCUGCGGCAGGAGUUUGUGCGCAUCCGACCCAGCCGUGAGGGGGACCGGGAGGCCAUUGUGGCAGCGCUCCUGACCCGGACCUUCGCCGACCACGUGAUGCUCUUCACGCAGACCAAGAAGCAGGCGCACCGCCUCCACAUCCUCCUGGGCCUCCUGGGCCUGCGGGUGGGGGAGCUCCACGGGAACCUCUCGCAGGCGCAGCGCCUGGAGGGCCUCCGGCGCUUCAAGGACGAGCAGAUCGAUGUGCUGGUGGCCACGGACGUGGCGGCCAGAGGGCUGGACAUCGAAGGAGUCAAAACAGUGAGUCCAUCCCUCCCUCCUCCUCCUUUUCAAGCUUGCCACCCCUCAGAAUAGAAUCCAAGAGUAGGA